UUAUUGAAGCUAUCAAUAUAAGAUUAAAAAUAUUAAAUAACGACAAAUGUGUUAAACUAUACCAACCAUUAAUAAAAAUCUUUUCUUUUUAUCUUUUAUCGAUUCUGUAAUUAAUGUUGGUCUCGCCUCGAGUCUUACAUAGUUCAUGUAAGAUGUCGUUUAACAUCGCAACCCUUCAAUUUCACAAAGAACCUGAAUGUGUUUUUCGUCAAUGAUUGUUGAUGCUGAUGAUGAUCACGCAUAGGAUCAUCGCUGUGAUCAGAAUGCCGGAUAAAGCAUUGAAACUCUUCAAGCUGAUAGUGCAUCAGAAGAAUUUCAGCGGGGAAGAUCUGAUCAUUAAUCCGAAAGAUUACCCUGGCAUAAAGACCGGCGAUGUCGUCGAGAUUUAUCAUCCCGAGGAUGAGUUCAGUCGCUUGCUAUUGCAAGUCACCUCCUUCAAGGAGGACCUCCAGGGUCGCGAGACCAUCAGCGUGGAGAAUAACGUAGCGUCGAUGUUUCAGCUGCGCACUUUCGCCGACGUAUACAUGAACAUAGUAAAUCCAGAUGAUGUGGCUCUUGAUUCCAUAGAAUUGACCUUUAAAGAUCAGUAUAUGGGACGUAGCGAGAUGUGGCGUCUAAAAAACAGCUUGGUGAACACUUGUGUAUAUAUCAACAAGAAGAUAGAGUUUUGUGGUGGUAGUAUACGUUGCCAAGUGUAUGAAAUGUGGUCACAGGGUGAUCGCGUUGCUUGUGGCGUUAUAACGGAUGAUACUAAAGUGGUAUUUCGAUCUUCUACAAGUAUGGUAUAUUUGUUCAUUCAAAUGAGCUCCGAAAUGUGGGAUUUUGAUAUACAUGGGGAUCUCUAUUUUGAGAAAGCAGUUAAUGGAUUUCUGGCAGAUUUAUUUCAAAAAUGGAAGAAAAAUGGCAGCAAUCACGAGGUUACCAUAGUACUGUUCUCGAGGACAUUUUACCAUGCAACUAAUCUGGAGGAAUUUCCAAAUCAUAUGAGGGAAUGCUUGCAGCAAGAUUAUAGAGGGAGAUUUUAUGAAGAUUUUUACAGAGUUGCGGUACAAAAUGAAAGAUUUGAAGAUUGGAGUAAUAUAUUGGUACAAUUGCGCAAAUUAUUUACUGAUUAUCAGAAAAUUGUUUUGGAAUAUCACCAAAAGCCAGGUGUUAACUUACCUAAUGCAACAAAUUCUACUGCUGCACAAGGCAAUUUUCUGGAAGUCUUAAAUAUGUCUCUGAAUGUUUUUGAAAAACAUUAUCUGGAUCGCAGUUUUGAUAGAACUGGUCAGUUGUCUGUAGUAAUUACACCUGGAGUUGGAGUUUUUGAAGUGGACAGAGAGCUGACAAAUGUGACAAAACAGAGAAUCAUCGAUAAUGGUGUAGGAAGUGACUUGGUGUGCGUUGGAGAACAACCACUUCAUGCAGUUCCAUUAUUGAAGUUUCACAACAAAGAUUCUUCCAUCAAUGCACCAGAUGAUUAUAGCAUGCCUCACUGGAUAAAUCUCAGUUUUUAUUCCACAAACAAGAAGAUUCCUUACUCUACGUUCAUACCGCGAAUAAAGCUGCCACAAAGGGUAUCGAGACAUCCGACGGAUAAUGGAAAAUUGCAUUGCAAGACAAGACUUCUGCAAGAAGAUCCAAGAGAAUGUCUGCACAAUACUUUAUUCGAUUAUGAUGCUUAUGAUGCACAAGUAUUUCAAUUACCAACAGUUCAUACUUCCAGUGUACAGAGAAUAAGCACUAGGACGAAGAAAACAAGCGUGGCGUGUCUUGAAACCCAUAACAAUGGUCAAUUGUUAAAACUCUUAAAACGCAAAAUGUCGGAUCCUGAUAUACAUCAUCCUCCACCUGAAACACAUUCACCGCCGGUUCUUGCAUUACGAAGUGCGGCAAUAACAAUACCGCACAAGACAGAUGACGAUAAUAUCGAAUCUAAUGAGGAUAGAACUGCUGGAAUAAUUGCAUUAGGUGUAUCCAGGACGCCAGUUAAAAAUGAUUUAACCGACUCAGAGAUAUCUCCGCCCUUUAGACCUAUUGUUGGAAGCGCUGGUAGCCCAACAAAUUCAAUUUCUCAACCAACGAAUAUACUUAGACCUGGUAGGGCACUAAUUAAUCCUUUCGAUCCAUCACAUGUUACUAUUAAACUUACCAGCAAUAGACGACGAUGGACUCACAUAUUCCCAAAAGGACCUACAGGAGUUCUAAUACAGCAACAUCACUAUCAAGCUAUUCCAAUGCAGACUUGUUUAGAGUCACAAAGUGAAGCUACACCAUCGACAGUAAGCGGAUCCCCGAUGGAAGGGACGAAUAAUUCAAAUCAAAUUUCGAGAUCAGCAUCUCAAAUAGGAUUUCAAGAUCAUAUUAAAGGAAAGUUAUCGCGAUCUAAUCCUCUCGCAGCUAAUGGAGAUAAAACUGCGAAUCCUUCGGCUAUGGCGAAUAAGAGUCUUACCCUCUUGUGGGGUGCCACUGGUGAGCAGGAAUGGACACCUGCUCUAACAACAGCAAUCAUAGGAGUUGACUGGAAAUCUUUGACAAUUCCUGCGUGCCUACCCAUCACUACUGAUUAUUUCCCAGACAAGCGAAGCUUGCAAAACGACUACGUCGUGUCGGACUACAAUCUCCUCCCGGAUGAUGUUAACGCUGACUUUGCCCAGCAGCGAGCGAUAUAUAAAAAACCGCUCACAACUGUGGAAGUAUUUAAAGAGCUAGUUUCACAACGCUUGGCCCAAGGUUUCCAGUUAAUUAUUCUACCAUCAAUCAAUAAAAAUCAAAGCAAUACUGUUGGCAGCAAUACUGCUCCCGCGAUUAGUACGGUAAUGCGCGGCAGACAAACCGAGUCCGAGCCUAAAGAAGAAUACCUGCUUAGUAUCGGAAGGAUUUUUCAUAAAAUAUCACUGUUCGAUAAUUCUAUAACGGUCACGAGAUACCGUCCACGACAUCCUUAUCCACCUUUCAAUAUUCACUAUCAAUAUCGGUUUCAUGCUCCGCAUCACGACACAUACGAAGUUUCGUGGGUAUCUUUCACCACGGAGAAACUCGAGACCUAUAACUGGAAUUACCUGGAUCAUUACAUUUGCACACGAGGCCAUACUGAUUUUGCUUUAGUGGAAGCUCUUAAAUAUUGGAGAUUUCGAGUAUUUUUGUUACCAUAUAAUAAUUCUGCGACCCGCAAAAUUUUGGAGAAUUCGCCAAGAUGCGACAUAUACACUCCGCUUAGUAAUACCGAACAGGCGUUAUUAAUGGACGGCUUCUUGCGUUUCAUCGAGUGGUGGCUGAAUAAGAUACGACGGCCGAACCCCAAUAAAAAUUGGAGCCCCACAGCUCUAGGUGGUGUCCCUCCAAGAGAUCCUGCCUCUCAUUUGACCAGACGCAGGCACAGCACGAGCCUGAUAUUCCUCACUAACCAGACCAAUCUAGUCGGCAGCUCUCCUUUCAGGGAGCGACUCGGGAGCAACCGCCUGCCGGAGAAACCGAGACCAAGAUCGGGUUCCAAGGUGAUGGAUAGAGGACGUGUGUCACCUGCCAGCGAAGCCGUUUUACCAUUGUCGCUUGAGCAACAACAGCAGGAUCAUUUCGACACUAAUGACGACAGUGCCAACAUGGAACUGACCAAAAUAAAAAACAAUGCGACAAAUGCAGAAAUUUUGGAAGCCAUGAAACAUCCUCAAACUGGUGUUGGAUUUUUAACGCAACAUCCUUCGCUUCCUAGCCAAACGUUUGUUAGCGCCGAUGCGAUCCAAUGGUUGAAUAAGCACAUAGAAGGCGGCAUGGGAGUGGAACAGGGUAUUAAUGUCAUGGAGGGAAUGAUUCAAGACAAAUUGAUAUGUCACGCAUCUGGCGACUUCUCGAAAUCAUUUAUUUUAGGAUUCUAUUUGUAUCAUAUUGUGCAGGAUAAAGAAAAUCAGAAAGUCGCGGACUAUUCUGCUCCGCUUGGGGAUCUGCAGAGUUUCGAGAACGAGUGGGUGGAAGUGGAAAUGCGACCACCGAAAGGAUGGUGCGAACCAACGUCUUCGACAACAGUAUCGACUUCUAUGACAAUACCCAGUUGUGAUACUAUCGAUGAAUCUAACGUUCCAUCUUUUCUGAGAGAGAAAAUCGAUUUGACUGAAUCAGUGGAUGAUAGAAGUGCAACAAUACCGUUAUAUAAACAUACUCAUCUUGAUAUCGAUAUUAAUAAUAAAAGCGAUAGGAUUGAAUGGGGUCACUUAAGGUAUCAGUCCAUUUACAAAGUAGAUAAUUCCUAUGAACUCGUUGCACAAUGGGUAGCAUCAUCCGGCAGUAUAGUGGCCGAUCUGAUAUUCCUCUGGCAACGCAAAGCUCAAAUGUGCGGAAUACAAAUGGUGCCGAUUCCUAGUGAUUUAUUAGCGCUGCCAUAUACCCUGAAGAGCGAUCCCCUCAGAGGUCCCAUUUUUAUCCCACUCGACACAGAAUGCUUGAUGGCAAACAAACGAUAUCUCUUCGAAGAAUUUCGAGAAGAUACAUACGCGCAAAGAUUGUUUUUAUUCCAAGAAGCAAUUCUACAAAGAUUUGGUUUCAUGCCAUGUCUAGUCGAAAACAGUGAGAAUGACCGUCAGUACGUUCACAUCACUGGUAAUGCGUUCAUAUUAGUGCCAUCCACUACGAAUACCCGACCACGUCCGCGAACCGGUACCAAUGUCGUACGGCGGAAUACAGGGCAAAAAAGAUACCCGGUUCAUCCAGACCAGCCUAGUCCGCAUGAAGCAUAUAUUACUAGACACGUCGGUGGAAAGAAUAAAGACGAUCAUAGCAUAGAUAGAAAAAUGGGCUUCUUGUGGUCCUGGAAUCAUAUGGUCAGCCGUAAAUGGAAAUCAUUGUCCCUUUCGGCGGGCGAUGAAUUAUUUCAGAAAAAAAUUAUACAGGAUUUUCGACACUUCUGUUCCAAUGGAGAUAAUAGACUCAAAGAGUUCUGGGAAUCUUGUUGGGAGUUAAAAGAGAAAACUUGUACAAAAGCAAAAUAGCAAGAUAUUGUUUCUUAAUGUUAUUUGUCUAGAUUUAUCAUUAAUAAUUUGUAUAAAUUAUCAUUAUCAUCGUCACCAUUCAAUCAUUAAUUCAUUAAAAAUAAAAUCGUACCGCUGUUUAUAAAGUAUAGUCUAUGUACAAUUUUUAUGUAAGCAGGAUAAUGAAAGUAUGUAUAAAUUGUAUAAAUAUUA